AUGGCGUCAAGGUUUUAUGGCCCCAUCAACCCGGCGAUGCUUGGAGCAGAAUGGGAAGGGGACAAAGAACCGGAGCAGCGGGCAACACGGGUGACGCCGAGGGGACGAGAAGGACGACACACACAAUCGCAACGUGGACUAGCACAACGGCCUCCGCAAUCACAACCACAACCGGCCGCGCCAGAACUUCCAAACUUAACAUCAACGGUAUCUGGGUUCUGGGGUUUCAACGCGGCCCUGUUAAAAGGGUUUGAGGAUGACGACGACAGCGAAGCAUCGGGCAGGGCUGCGGAUGGAGGGAGUAAUCCUGUUCAAGAGCUCAUCAACGCGAUCCCCCCUGCGGCGAGGUCUUUGUUCCGGGACCUUAUGCCGCCCCCUUUGUCGCCUGCUUCCUCCGCCAGUGCGUCCUCUAACAAUGGUGGGACAAACGGAUGUGAGCGCCAGGACAGGGGAAGGGAAGGAGAGUACAAGCUCGAAACGCAGCAGCAAAGAACCAACAAGGUGCCCCCCUCGAGAGAAGUUAGCACAGCACGGUCGGAGUCCAGCCGGUCGACCAACCCAUAUGCGGCUGCCAUCGACAACAAGCAGAAUGCCCUCACAGUUGCAUAUCUGCGGAGCACUGCGAAGGCUGCGCCCGUCGAUACGCCGAACACCCCAGCCCCUGACGAGCUUGGAUUCGGGCAAAGAUACAAGGUCGCGGAUGAGACGUCCUCGGUCGUCAUCACCAACCAGCGACGGUUGCCGGAUGUUCUGAGUGGAGACCGCGAGUGCAUCGUUUGUACGGAUACCAAGCCAGUGUCGGAGUUCCCCGCAGCAGGCAUCACCAAAGCCUGCGACCACGAUCCAACAACAUGUUUAGUCUGUGUUGAGAUGUCGAUCAAAAGUGACCUCACCAGUAAACUGUGGGACGAAAUCAAGUGUCCGGAGUGUCGGGCCACUUUGGAGUACGAUGAUGUGCAGCGGUUCGCGGAUGAGGAGACCAAGGAGCGCUACCAAACUCUCUCCUUCCGCUCAGCUAUUUCCUCCUCCCCAACCUUCCUCUGGUGUACUUCUGGUUGCGGCUAUGGCCAAGAACACGAAUCCGGCGCAGCCUCCCCCAUUGUGACCUGCCGUCUCUGUUCCCACCGAUCGUGCUUCAACCACCGUGUAGCCUGGCACGAAAACCUCACUUGCGAGGAGUAUGACUUACUCCAAGCCGACCCAGCCAACUUCCGCAGCCGCUUCGAUCUCGACAAUGAAGAGGCGGAGGAGGCCGCUGCUGCGCGGCGCGCACAGGAGGAUGCCGACCGCGUGUUCGCGCAGAGCUUGGUGGCUGCGGAUCAGGCAGAGGAGCGCGCCGAACGGGGACGUAGGGCAAGGAGGGAGGAGGAAGAAGCGCGGGAGAGGGCGGCGCGUGAGCAAAGGGAAGCCAGGGAGAGGGAGAUGCGGGAGGCGGCAGCCAGGAAGAAGAGAGAGGAGGAGGCGAGUUCAAGGACGGUGGGCACGACCACGAAGCCGUGCCCAGGUUGUCAGGCACCGAUUGAGAAGAAUCAGGGGUGUGCUCAUAUGACGUGUACACAGUGCAAGCACGGCUUCUGUUGGGAUUGUCUCGCGAGUCACAAGGAGAUUCUGGAGAGUGAUAACAGCGCGCACAAGGAAGGUUGUCCAUGGCAUCCGGAUAAUAUCAAGGACUGA